AUGUGGGCAUUCGAAAUAGGUCACGAUCUUGUUCCACAGUGCAACGGAAACCUGGUUUGCGGUCGGAAUACCCAGUUGACAGACUGUCCAACGCACGAUCGCUCGGUCAAGGAGCCUGGUCUACCAGAAAAAGGCCCCUGUUCCCUAAUUCGCCGAAGAUUACGUCUGCAUGAGUGUAUGAUUAGCCGAAACACUAAGCAGAUGAAUUCCCGACUGAAACAACAGCGGUUGACCUGUUAA